AUGCCUGGAUCCCACUGCACAAAGGAGCUCCAGCCCCUGAUGGCUAACCCUGACCUGCCCUCUGAGCAUGACAACUCCCAGGUGGACCAAAAGGACCCUGAGCAGCCAGGGACAAGAAACCUGCGGACGGCCAGGGCUCGCUUCCUCAAAGGAGUCUCCUACUUCUCUGGAGACAUGAAGGUGUUUGGAAAAUGGAUGGAAAAGCAGUUUAUCUUGCUGCAGUUGCUGGACUGGGUUUUGCGUGGAGCUGCUCAGGUGAUGUUCGUCAACAACCCUCUUAGCGGCCUCAUCAUUUUUGCUGGCCUCAUCCUGCAAAACUACUGGUGGGCUCUCAACGGCUUUGUGGGCACACUCUUUGCCACCAUUUCUGCCCUUAUUCUGCAACAGAACAGGGGUGCAAUAGCUGCAGGACUGUACGGUUACAACGGGAUCCUGGUGGGUCUGCUGAUGGCGGUGUUCUCCAACAAAGGAGACUGGUACUGGUGGCUCCUGCUACCAAACAUCUUCAUGUCCAUGAUGUGCCCGAUUGUGUCCAGUGCCCUGGCAUCCAUCAACAGUCGAUGGGAUCUGCCAGUGUUCACCCUGCCCUUCAACAUCCUGGUGUGUCUCCACAUGGUUGCCACUGGACACUACAACCACUACUUCCCCCAGGUCCUCAUUCAGCCUCGCUCAGAGCUGCCCAACAUCACCUGGGCUGAAAUCGACAUAGGCCAGCUCUUCAUGUCAGUGCCUGUGGGAAUUGGCCAAGUCUACGGCUGUGACAACCCGUUGACGGGAGGAAUCUUCAUUAUCUCACUCUUCAUCUCCUCCCCUGUCACCUGCGCCCAUGCUGUCAUUGGAUCUGCCGUGGGCAUGGUUUCAGGCUUGGCACUGGCAGCACCUUUUGGAGACAUUUACUUUGGCCUCUGGGGAUACAACUGUGUGUUAGCCUGCAUUGCCAUCGGAGGAAUGUUUUACGCCCUCACCUGGCAGGUGCAUCUGCUUGCCAUCACAUGUGCUUUUUUCUGUGCAUACCUCGGCUCAGCCAUUGCAAAUAUCAUGUCCACGUUUGGUCUGCCAGCGUGCACUUGGCCGUUCUGUCUCUCUGCCCUCACUUUCCUCCUCUUAACCACGGGGACCAACAAGAUCUUCAAACUGCCGCUGGCCGAAGUCGCCUACCCUGAGAAAAACCUGCGCUUCUUCUGGAAGCUGAAGAAGCAGGAGAAAAAGGAAAAGGCUGAGAAAGAUAGGGAAGAAAGUGAAAAGCAGAAAAAUGCCAUCAAAGAAGAGAUGAUACUGAACGAGAAAGAGCAACUGAGGCUGGAGCUUGAAAGACUGGAUGAAAAGAGAGCAGCAAGUGAGGCAUCAGAGGGUAAAAAUGACGAGACAAAGGUCAAACAGCAGUGUACUGAAGAAAACAUCAGACAAAGUGAUGUAACUGAGGUCAUUGUUGCUGAUAAUGUUUAA